UACGCAGCGUCCAUCGAUAAGAACACUCCCACUCACCUCAGAAGUGAAAUCAGUUGUUAAAACUUUCAAUAUUAAUACAGUUAGAGAGUUUGAGCAAAGUGGUUCUGUUGAUAGUGGAAUAAAGUGUCUGUUAUACAAAGUGAGAGUGAUUUAAAAAAUCUCUUACAUAAUUAAGUAAUUAGUGUUGGAGGUUUCCUGUUUAUUUCAUACACUCGAUUAUUUUGUUUUAGUAUAAGAGAUAUGGAGCGUUGGUCCAACAAGGUAGCGGUAGUUACAGGAGCUAGUUCCGGUAUCGGGGCAGCCCUAAGCAUUCGACUAGCGGAAAAUGGGAUGACAGUUGUGGGUCUUGCCCGCAGGGCGCAUCUCAUUGAUGAGCUAAAUUCGGAAGUAACAGGAACGGGCAAAAUUCACUCUCGACAAUGUGACCUAUCCAAAGUUGAAGAAAUAAAGGCAGCUUUCGAAUGGGUGGAGAAUAAAUUCGGCGGUACAGAUGUCCUGGUGAACAAUGCUGGAAUAUUUAAAGGGGGGAAGAUAACGGAUGCAACUGAUGGUAAGCUGAGCGAUGAGCACAUACUGCUUACAAUGGAUGUCAACUACAAAGGAUUAGUCAUGUGCACUAGGGAAGCAGUGGGUUCGAUGAGGAAGCGUAAUUUUAAUGGUCACAUUAUAAAUAUUAACAGUGUGGCCGGUCAUUACAUACCCUUCCACUCAGAUUUUAAUAUAUAUUCGAGCACAAAGCACGCAGUCACUGCUUUCUCCGCUGCUCUGCUCAACGAGAUGGCCGACGCUAAGAGAAAAAUUAAAGUAACGAGCAUUUCACCCGGACUCGUGCGCACUGAAAUGACUAUCACUCACGAUCCUGAACAGCCAAUUUUAGAGCCUGGCGACAUAGCUGAUGCUAUUCUAUACGUCAUUUCAACACCUCCAAAUGUAAACAUCAGCGAGCUCGAAAUCCUAUCUGCAGCGGAGAAAAAAUUAUAAAUUAAAAAUAGGCGUCUUUCUAUUUCUUUAUUAUCAAGCCACUUUUAAUUAACCGGAUGAAGCGGAGAAGACAGAAGAUGCCGAUGUCGACGAGGCAAGGCCUAGGAUAGAAGUUCCGAAUUGAAAUAAU